GGAAGUGAUUAAGGCCCCCUCGCGCUUUUGUGCGGACUCACCGCAGCGGGAAGCAUUACGCGGAUGAGGAGGCACGUUGGAGGCUGAGUCGACGACCAACACUUGAUGGUCAGACGUCGCGAGAGACGGCCGCGCACCAUUCUAUUGUUGCCGACUCGAUUGUUGCAAGCCGUCGCGAACUUACGCACGCAGCACUCACGCGUAGUGAUUAUCGAUUAAAGCUCGAAUCGUAGUGGCAGUGUUACAGUAUCGAAUGAACAAGUGUGAAUCGUGUAUCGCUUAGUGCAAAAUGGUGCUAAGUGUCAGAUUCUUCAUCGUGUGCUGUUGUUUUAUUACCUCUAGGGUCCACUCAGCAUCACAGCACUUGGACUCGGCGGAAUACUCGGAGUCGACGGAAGUGUCCAUUGUGUCCGUCUCCUCAUCAGCAUCAGCCGAACUCCACGAGGGAUCUGGCGAUGAUCCCCCUGACCCUGUACUGUCCAGUAAUCUUAAGAAUGAAACUAGAGAAGCUCUCAAGAGUGAUGGCAGUGAACAAGAUCCGGUGGUAUUUCUAUCGGAGAAGAACAGCUACAUUCCAGUGAGCAUCAAGCCUCGUUCUCCAGCAGUGGACACUGCGUGGAGAGAGCCACCAGCAUGGGAGCGAGAGUACAGGAGACAUCGGACUAAUGGGAGUAGAGUGCAAUAUAUUGAAGCAGAGUGCCAAGAUGACUUCAUGAAGAUAAGGGUAGGCUUCAACGGAUCAUUCUCCGGACUGGUGUAUUCAGCAGGUUACUCAUACGAUCCGGACUGUAUGUACAUAAACGGCACGGGGCGUGAUUACUACGAGUUCUACAUCCAGCUCAACAGAUGUGGAACAUUGGGGAGGAACGGUCAGCAUGAUGAUAGCAGGAAACAUCCCACUAAGAACCUCAUGUGGAACACGAUCACAGUGCAAUAUAACUCGUUGAUUGAAGAGGAGCUGGACGAGCACUUCAAGGUCACCUGCGAGUAUGGAUACGACUUCUGGAAGACUGUCACAUUUCCUUUUUUGGACGUAGAGGUGGCGACAGGCAACCCAGUCGUGUUUACACUGCAGCCACCUGAGUGCUACAUGGAGAUCCGCUCCGGGUACGGUGCCAAUGGAGCGCGCGUAUCUGGGCCCGUGCGCGUUGGAGACCCACUCACCUUGCUUAUAUACAUGAGGAGCGCUUAUGAUGGAUUUGACAUUGUCGUGAAUGACUGCUUCGCUCACAACGGUGCAACCAAACGGAUACAACUUAUUGAUGAAUAUGGUUGCCCCGUGGACGACAAGCUGAUCUCCCGUUUCCGCGGCUCAUGGUCCGAGUCAGGCGUGUUCGAGACGCAGGUGUACGCAUACAUGAAGACGUUCCGGUUCACUGGGUCGCCUGCACUUUAUAUCGAGUGUGACGUCAGAAUGUGCCAUGGAAGAUGUCCUUCGCAACCUUGCCACUGGCGUAACAUGAAGAGCGUGAAGCGGCGAUCUAUUGAAACGAAGCCAGGCUUGGACCCCGCCUCCAGUGUCGCUCCACGUCUCUCCGAAAACAUAUCUCUAUUUCAAUCACUCAGAGUACUGCAGGAGGGCGAGGAAGAUCCAGAACUAGCUGCCAGCACAAGCGUAGCUCCAGAAGGCCAGACUUGUAUGAGGACAUCAGCGUUGUCAGCCAUUAUGGUGUCAUGCGGGGUGCUUAUCGCUGCCCUAUGUGGAGGCGUGCUAGCGGCCGCGAGAGGGUUCAGGCGCGGAGAACCAAGGACACCCAUUCAUGCAUAUGUGCCCCAUAAAGGACGGAUCAAAUAAAAAUCUAAUUUUGAGUAUAAUUCCUCAUCCUAAGAUUGUGAGUGAAAUUAAUAUUUUAGUGUAAUGGUUGUCAUUGCUAGAAGUAGAUUCUUGAUACUCCUUAGCCUAAGAAACAACCAUUUCAUGAAUCUAUUUGAGAUUAUCGAAAAAUUUAGAUCGAUAGUUGCCUAAGUAUUUGAAUCUAAUUUUAAUGUCAAUGCAAGAUCCUUGCACUCAUGCUCUUUAAAUAGCCAUAGAGCCUUUUCCAGUAUGUAUUUCUAUUAGGUAUGUAAGAAUUUCCACAAUUAUUUUUUUAGUUUGCUAGUUUUUCAAGCAUUUAGCAAACCGUGGUAUGUACCAAUUACAGUUUAAACUAUAGUACGUACCUACUUGACCCAUAAGCAUCUCGACAUUUAGAUCCUUUAAACUGUCAAACACCAAGCGGUCACCGGUGACCGCA